GGUUGGGGCGGGGGUUGAGUGGGUGGCGCAAUAGGUCUCGCGAUUAUUACUCCUUGCUCUCGCUCUAUUUUAUUUAUCUUUUUGCCUAGCGACUGACAACCGGCUAGGCAACAGGUUUGCUACACUUAGGGAUCCCUGAAGUGGCCGGGCCUGAGCGUGAGACCCCAGUCCUAGGCUGGGGUUAUUUCCAAAUAGAGGAAACGGAUCCAGAGGGGCUACAGACAAAAAUUGUUGAGAACCAGACUUAUGAUGAGCGUCUAGAGAUUAACGACUCAGAAGAGGUUGCCAGUAUUAGCACUCCAACCCCAGGACAUCAAGAUUCUCUUACUGCCCUUAUGCCCUGAUUCAAAUUCAGAUUUACAACUAGCUGCUAUUUGCCAGGCUCUAGGUCACUCUUUUCCAGGCCUUCCUCUUUCUGCCAGUCUUCCUAACAAGACCAUGGCGGAUAACAGCAGCGAUGAGUACGAAGAGGAAAACAACAAGGAGAAGAAGAAGCCCUCACAGUUGACACCUCAGCGGGGCUUCAGUGAAAAUGAUGAUGAUGAUGAUGAUGACUCAUCUGAGACUGAUUCUGAUGACGAUGAUGAUGAUGAAGAGCAUGGAGCGCCUCUGGAAGGGGCCUAUGAUCCUGCAGACUAUGAGCAUCUGCCAGUCUCAGCUGAGAUCAAGGAGCUCUUUGAGUAUAUCAGCCGGUACACACCUCAGCUGAUCGAUCUGGACCACAAACUGAAACCUUUCAUUCCUGAUUUUAUCCCAGCUGUUGGGGAUAUUGAUGCAUUUUUAAAGGUGCCGCGUCCGGAUGGAAAGCCUGACCACCUUGGCCUCUUGGUGUUAGAUGAACCAUCUACAAAGCAGUCGGACCCUACUGUGCUGUCACUAUGGUUAACAGAGAAUUCCAAGCAGCACAACAUCACGCAACAUAUGAAAGUAAAGAGCCUGGAAGAUGCAGAAAAGAAUCCCAAAGCCAUUGACACCUGGAUCGAGAGCAUCUCUGAAUUACACCGCUCUAAGCCCCCUGCUACUGUGCACUACACCAGGCCCAUGCCUGACAUUGACACACUGAUGCAGGAGUGGUCCCCAGAGUUUGAAGAGCUCCUGGGAAAGGUGAGUCUGCCCACGGUUGAAAUCGAUUGCAGCCUGGCUGACUACAUUGACAUGAUCUGUGCUAUUCUGGACAUUCCUUUCUACAAGAGCCGCAUUCAGUCCCUCCACUUGCUCUUUUCCCUCUACUCAGAAUUCAAGAACUCCCAGCAUUUUAAAGCUCUCGCUGAAGGCAAGAAAGCAUUCACUCCUCCGUCCAACUCUGCCUCCCAGGCUGGGGAUGCAGAGACACUGACCUUCAUCUGAGCCACCUCCUAGGGGUAUGCUUCAACGUCAGAUAAAGACAUGGUCUUUGUUGGCAGCUUAACAUCAGACUGCUCCACAGCCGGGUGCUGCUGCCUGUCUGCAAGAGCAGGACACACAUUUGCCACUGGGUUCCUUCCACCUGCCGUGCAUUGCCUUUCCCAAGGAAGGACGUGUCCCCACUGCUGUGGGCAUUUGAGUUGGAAGAAUGGAUUUCAGAGAGCCACAGACACAGGUUGGGGUUGGAGCUUCCAAAACACUCUUUAGUUAACUGGAGUGAUUUUACACUCAAAAUGUUCCAUCAGGUAUGACAGAAUUUAUAUUUGGUUUCCACCCA